CUGAGGGAGUCCACAUCGAGUCUCCCGAGGCUGAGGUUUAGUGGCUGUGAAUCCCUGGGGAGUUGGUGGAGGUGUACCCUGCCAGAUGUGGGCUCUGCAGCCUAAACUACAUUUCCUAGCCUCCCUUGCAGCUAAGUGUGGCCAUGUGACUAAGUUCUGGCCAGUGGGAUGUGAGCACAAAGUGAUGUGUACAACUUAAGUAAAGAAGGGGGCAUGCCCUUCUUUGCCCCACCUCUUUUUGCUGACUGGAUGGUAGAUGUGAUGACUGGAGUUCCAGCUGCCACUUUGGAACACAGGGGCAACUCUAGACAUAGGAAAAACAAGAUAGGAGAGACCUGGGCCCUGGCAUCAUGAAGCCUCCUACAGUGAGAAAGAAAUUUCCAUCUUCUUAAAGCCAUGGUUAUUUGAGGUUUCCUUUGAUUUGUGGCCAAACUAUUCCUAAGAAAUGCACCAUCCUUUGGUUGGAGCGUGGCUUGCAGUCGUUUGCAGAGGGGCUGUAGGGCGCCUGCUGUAUGAGAGAGGCUGGAGGGCUCGGACGUGAGACUGACAGUCGCCGUGUGUCUGCAUGAAACACUCAGCCAGCACCUGGCUCAGAAUAAGAGCCCAGUGAAUGUCAGUGACUAUGCUGUCAUCAUAGGUGAUCACACCAUCCACCUUGGUCCAUGGGAUGCCAGGGCUGUCUGGGACCAGAGGGCACAGCUCAGGUGGAGGAGGCAUUUGAACAUGACCCAAAGAUAGGAAUCAGAAGAGGACGACUGGAUCUUCCAGUGAUUGAGUGAAGCCUCCACCGACCCCAUUACUGAGGGGCAGCCUCUUUACUUAAAACCAACUGACUGCAGAUGCUACCACAUCUCCCAAAUGCACACACGGACUGCCAGGUGAGGGUGAUGGAGGACACGGUGACCAACACCGAGAAGUACUUCGGCCAGUUCUGCUUGCUGCUGGCUGCCUACACCCGCAAGACGGCCCGUCUGCGAGACAAGGCUGACAAGCUGGUCAAACAGCUCAUCGACUUUGCCAACACUGAGAACCUGGAGAUGCGGACCACCCUGAGGAACUUCGCAGAGGACCUGGCCAAAGUACAGGAUUACCGGCAGGCUGAGGUGGAGAGGCUGGAGUUCAAGGUCGUCAACCCCCUGAAACUCUAUGGGACACAGAUAAAGCAGACCCAGGCUGAGAUCAAGAAAUUCAAACGUGUCCGGAACCAUGAGAUCAAACAACUGGAAAAACUGGAGAAGCUGAGACAGAAGUCCCCUUCGGACAGACAGAUGAUCUCCCAGGCGGAGACCUGUGUGCAGAGAGCCUCGGUGGAUGCCGGCCGCACCACCCACCAGCUGGAGGAGACGGUCGAUGCCUUCCAGAAGCAGAAGCUAAAGGACCUACAGAAAAUUUUGUCGGAUUUCGUGACCAUUGAGAUGGUCUUCCAUGCCAAAGCGGUUGAGGUAUAUUCCAGCGCCUUCCAGACUCUGGAGAGGAUUUUAGAGCCAAGAUGCAUGGAGUUCACAGGCCUCACGGGCCUCGCGACGCUCGGCCGCUCACGGACACUGGCCCGGCCGCCGCUGCUCCGUGGUCUCUCGCCCAGAGUGCUCAGAGCACCAUGCGGAGCCACAGAAAAGAAGCAGCGAGCGAGGACAGCUCUGCCGAGGAGGACCCCGUGGAGGACCUCAGGGGGCAGGGGCAGGGCCUCCACCACUAGAACGAGAACUCCCGAGACGGGGAACGGGGCUGAUGCUGGUUGCUCGGGGGCUCUGCUGUGCCUUCUGAGCCUCGGUUUCCUCAUCCGUACGACAGGGAGAGUAUCACUCUCAGGACGCUCUGGGGAUCAAGGUGCCAGCCGGGUGCCUGGUGCAUAGCUGGUGCUCAAUAAAUGUGGGUGCAUCUCACCCUGACUCGUG